AUGCCCGACUCGUCCAAUCCCCUCCGUCGCAAUGGAAGACAACCAUCCUGCGAAACAUGUCGGCAGCACAAAGUCAAGUGCGAUCAUGCAGUGCCAAAGUGCAACCGCUGUGUCCAAAAAGGCGCCGUGUGUAUCUACAAGACAGCACCAAUGACAAGCAAGUUUCGAAUCGCUCGAGUCACGUCCGAGUCGAUUGCGAAACCGCGCACGACAUCCAAGAUAUCAAGUAAUGCUGCGGGUUACACAGCAUGGCCGCGGCAGAAACAGACUAUCAUGAUCGAUUCCUCGCCUCUUGAUAACCCUGGUUUCCUGGGUCCCACCAGCUACCAAGCCCUGAUCAAUGAGAAAGACCAACCUCGUGCUGGUGGCAUGACAGAAGUGUCUCGGACAGCAUUGACCAUCGAGGCUAGAAAGCUCGAUCUGGGUCUCCAAGCCGCCAGCUUCCUUGUGACACACUUUGCUUUGCUGAAAAGUCUUGUUCGCCGCGUGUAUAACAUAGGGCGCAUGUCGAUUAUCCCCGAGAGUCUGAUGCUGGCUGCAGUUGAACAUCUCGCGGACAUAUUCAACGGGCAAUCGGUGGACAAUGAAAUAACGUGUGUACCCACGGUUGUUCGCAUCUUCGAGAACUCAUACCAGCCAAUGCCGAUCGCCCAGUCGACGACAUUCGAGGAAUUUUGCCACUUGAUUACUGGGGACAAUGUCAGGUGGGAGACGAUUGGAAAUGUCCUGGUCAUGGCGAGUGUGUGUCUGGUUCAGAUUGCAGAGCCCGAGGUGCAAGGAUACGCAAAGGGAGAGCUGUGCGCGCAGAUGCUUGAAAUCACAGACCAUGUUCUCUUACUCUGCAACGAAUUACCACUGGUGAAUGAGCUGAUGGUCUGUCUUAAAUACAACCAGAUGUUGCUUGCAUCUCAGCGAUGGGGACAUUCAAGUCGAUGGCUAUGCUCAUCGUUUGGGGAGCUCUCCUCGUGCAUCUUCGUAAAUGGAAUGCAUCAGAUGGGCAAUCCUGAACGGCAAUACCCCAACUUCAUCAAUCAAUGGCGCAGAAGAUGUUUUGCCAUGGUCUAUACUAUGGACAAGAUCUUCGCCACCAUUAUCGGCAGACCACCCUUUCUGAACCGGCACUACUGCAUCCUGGAUCUCCCAGAAGAUCUUAGCAAUGAAAUGAAUGACCACAACUUUUCCUCCACCUUCCGUUCAUCCCAUUCGCCUUCAGUCAGCUAUAUCCAUCUUCGCUUCCUUCUUUCUAUUAUUCGAGAAGAGAUUCUCGAGUUGCAUCUCGGCACCAACAAAACCAAUAUUCCAGCCCGAGCAAGCCAAAUAAUCGAGAAGCUCCAAUCCAUGUGGGAUUACUGUCCUCAGCACAUGAAAUACUCACCGGAUAUGUGGCAUGGCCAUCUGCCUUGCCAGGAUAUCUGGAUACUAUUCUCCCUUUACCUCGAGUAUCAGUAUUCUCUUUUCUUAACACACCGACUAACAGCACAAGACCCUCUCCACGCCCCACGCAAUAAUGACCUUGCCCAUGUAGCAAAGGAAAUUCUGUCCACGAUCCUCGUGCUGAAUGAUCAGCGGGAGCGCCUCCGAACAAUCAGAAAUAACUUUAGUGGCGUGCUCCUCCCCUUUGGCCUUCCAACCGCCCAAGUCCUCAUCGCAGAACUAUUCCACCAACCCUCCACCUUUCCCAUCCCAGCUAAACAACUGCCCAGGUCAGAAACGAUCCGUGAGCUCACUCUCUUUGUCUCCUGUCUUGGCUGGGCCACCACCCCGGGCACUGGGCAUUUUGAGUUCGGGCAAACGGUGCAAGCAAAAUUGACGAAACUUGUCGAUCAGCUCAUUGAGCAGUCUUCUUCUACUCCAAUGGAGGGGGACGCCGGGCUUCAACGAAAUGAUGUGUUCCUGGACUCGACGUUUAAUCUGAAUAGCUUUGUGGACUGGGAUGCGGGGGGUCUUGUAGAUCCUAGGUUUGAUUUUUUCUACGGUUCGGUUUUGUAG